UUAUGUAAGGCGCUUGAUGGAGAUCCCAACAUCUGCUUCUUCCACUGCAAUGUGACUGUUGAGGAUGAUGUCAUCCACGCAGUCGAUUUUACGGUUGAGAAGUACGGCUACCUUGACAUAAUGAUCAACAAUGCUGGCAUGGCGGGCCCACCAGCACGUGAUAUCCGUGACGCGGACAUAGAUGAAUUCCAGAUAAUAUUCGACCUGAAUGUAAAGGGCGGGUUCAUUGGAAUGAAGCAUGCGGCACGUGUGAUGAUCCCACGUGGGAAAGGCUUAAUAGUGUCUCUCGGCAGUGUGGCUGGCACCAUGGGAGGGUUGGGCCCACAUGCUUACACAGGCUCCAAGCAUGCGGUGGUGGGGCUCACCAAAAGCGUUGCGGCGGAGGUGGGCAAGCAUGGCAUACGUGUGAACUACGUGUCACCAUAGAGAGUCGCCACGAGUCGGCGAGGGUUUUAUGCUUUUAUAGGGAAGAAUGAGAACUUGCAAGGCAUACGGCUGACGGCAGAUGAUGUGGCUGUUAAAAAUCAGUGGUUUUUAAAAUAA